AUGGUGACGCAACGACGAUACUCGGUCACCGGCCAGACACCGCCCGACGCCGAAGCCCUGAAGGCCGGCUCGCCGAAGCUGCAUGCCCUCGACACCAGCGUGCAGACCAGCGUGCAGACCAGCUGCGGGCGCUGUGAAAGCGGCGCAGAUGCAACCAAGGCGCUCGACGAGGGCGCGACGGCGCAGCUGCGAGGCCGCAAGAUGUCGCCGUGCACCAUCACACGAACCUCCAGCAAACGCUCCGCAACACAGCUGCCCUCGCCGAGCUCGCCGACAUGCGAACUGCCGCCCAAGAUGGCGCGCUACAGGCUGAGCUACAACGAGCCAGGCAUGGACAUGGACACGGACACGGACUCGGAUGCCACGGAUCUGUUCCGCAGCAGCGAUAAGGAAGAGGAGGACUGGAUGGGCCACAGCGAGGCGACGUCAAUGCCUUCAACUCCCGAGUUCUCGCUGCCGCUGAGCGCUCUGUGCCUGCCAGACACGGAGGACGAAGGCAUCGACGUCGAGGACCUCGCCCUCUCGCCGCCCCACUCGCGGAGCCACAGCCUAAACUGCGCGCGGCUCGACGAGAAGGCCCUCCAGCAUGACUGGGCCAUGGUCAAGCAAGCGACCGCCCUCCUCGAAUCCCAGAUAAUGCACCUCGAAUACGCAGUCCCGCCUCACUCGCAGAAGCAGACUCCGGUGCCGACCCAAGACGUCAGCGUCCACACGCCAGCCACCUUCCUCACCCUCCCCCCGGAGAUCCGCUACCAGAUCUACCGCCUCGACACCGACCUCGUCAAAACCAACCCCCUCUGCUACUGCCUCGAGAACGCCGGCUCCAAGAUCCAGCACCCGUUCGCGAGCGUCAGCACCCAGAUCCGCCGCGAAGCCCUCGCCAUCUUCUACAGCUACAACACUUGGGCCAUCAAAACAGAGUACAACAUGUUCUACGAGGCCUUCCAGGACUGGAUCAUCCGCCUCGGCGACGGCGCGAGCCAGCUGCGUCUCGUGACGCUGAGCGUGCGGGGUAAGUUGUUCAAGCCCGUCAAGACGCAUCCGCAGAGCGUUGUAGUGAACGGCCAGGUUGUGGUCAUCCACACCGGGUAUACGCCGGCGGGCGGCGUAGGCGUGUUGCCGAGUCCGACGCGCGAGGACAUAUACAGUCCGCCGGACGGGGAGGCGAGUUUCAUGAUCGAUUUGAGCGAGAAGUACGCGGGUGGACGAGUGCUGUUGACUAGGAACGACGGCACGAGGGAUGCGGGGGAAAAGGGGCGGGUGAAGCUUGAAGAGAUGGUCGCUGGGGUGUGGGAGAAGAGGCGCGCUGGCUCACUGAACGGGCAGGACUGGAUCAGUCUGGUCGAUGGAUUUCUCGGCUUCGUUGGCAUGAUCGGCGGUCCGUGGUAG